AUGACUACGAACCGCUCAAAGCAGACAGAAGAGUUUGUGGAUAAUCGACGUCGUGACUUGGAAUUUACGGUGGGUGAUCAUGUGUUCCUAAAGAUUUCGCCUAUGAAGGGCUUAAUGAGGUUUAGACAGAAGGGAAAAUUGGCACUGCGAUUUAUUGGACCAUUCGAGAUCUUGGAUCGUGUGGGAGUCGUAGCGUACCGCUUGGCGCUGCCUACUGCAUUGGCUAAGAUUCACAAUGAGCAAGUCUUACGGACAAAAACGAUAUCGGUGGUCAAGAUUCUCAAGUCGGACCAUGGUGAGGAAGAAGCAACCUGGGAACGGGAAGCAGAGGUUAUGGAGAAGUACCCUCACUUAUUCGGCGACACACCACAGGAUGGGACUCCUAGUCAUCAUUGA